UUUGGUUGCGGUCAAGACUCUGACGUGUACGGGUCCUGUAUGAAGACGGUGCUCGCAGCCUUCCCAACACCGCCUCACUUGACGUCGCGCUUGCGCCCCAGUCUUUCACCAGCUCUGAUAGGGGUCAGUUUGGAUUACUGUUUGCGGCCUUGUGACCUCGUCAUUACAACUAUUACUUGUUCUUGUCGAGAUGCCCAAACGAAAGUGUAAAUUCACUGCAGAGAUGCAGAACAAACUCCCGUGCUUCAAAAAAGGCAGGGAUGAGUGGGAAGCAGAGUGUUUGGUGUGUAAACCAGGAACAUUUGUCUCACUGGCACAUAAAGGCAUUACUGACUUACAGUCACAUAUGAGGAAUUCAAGAUUAUCAGCCAUAUGCAAAGGUUUUAAGGAAGAAGAGCAACAACGUCGAGAAUGAGCCCUCACCGAAGAAGGAAGUGUGCAGCAAGAAAAAGUACACAGUUGACCCCGAGUCAGAACCGCUGCUGAAGGAGAACCCGCGACGCUUUGUCAUCUUCCCCAUCCAGUACCAUGACAUCUUUGACAUGUACAAGAAGGCCCUGGCGUCAUUCUGGAUCACUGAGGAAGUGGACUUGACCAAGGACAUGACUGACUGGGAGAAGCUGAAGGACGAUGAGAGGCACUUCAUCUCCCACGUGUUGGCGUUCUUCGCUGCGUCUGACGGGAUAGUCAACGAAAACAUUGUGGAGCGUUUCUGCCAGGAGGUACAGGUGCCAGAGGCCAGGUGUUUUUAUGGUUUCCAAAUAGCAAUGGAAAACAUCCACAGUGAAAUGUACAGUUUACUCAUCAAGUCAUAUAUUAGGGACACUGAGGAGCAGAAUAAGCUAUUCAAUGCUAUUGAAACCAUGCCUUGUGUCAAGAAGAAGGCUGACUGGGCCCUGAGGUGGAUUUCCCACAGCACAGCCUCAUAUGCUGAGAGAAUCAUUGCCUUUGCAUCAGUUGAGGGUAUUUUCUUCAGUGGUUCAUUUGCAGCUAUUUUCUGGCUGAAGAAGCGAGGCUUGAUGCCCGGCUUGACCUUCAGCAAUGAACUUAUUUCCAGAGAUGAAGGUUUGCAUACAGACUUUGCAUGCUUGAUGUUCAAGCACUUGGUACACAAGCCAGGCCAAGACAGAAUAUUUGAGAUUGUCAGUGAUGCUGUGAAGAUUGAGCAGGAGUUCCUAACUGAUGCUCUUCCUGUCAAUCUUAUAGGAAUGAAUUGUGUACUGAUGAGGCAAUACAUUGAGUUUGUUGCUGACAGACUACUCUUGGAGCUGGGCUGUGAGAAGCUCUACAAAUCAGAGAAUCCAUUUGACUUCAUGGAAAACAUCUCUCUUGAGGGGAAGACUAACUUCUUUGAGAAGAAGGUUGGGGAGUACCAGAAGUGCGGUGCCAUGGCAACGCAAGAACAGCGCAUGUUCACCCUGGAUGCCGACUUUUAACUGAGGUUAAUUUGUACAAAGCAUUUAUAUAUAUUUAUUUUAGUUAAUCUUACUCAAUCUUUUCGGUUUAACCUAUGCUACAGUUUGUAUUGAAACAUAUCACAACAAUCUCAUUACAUAAUAAGCAUUGGGUGGGAAGGUCUUUGCCAAGUGGUGGACUUGAUGUAUUUAAUGACAAGUGCAGGAACUUGAGCCAACAAAGGAAAUUCAUUCAUGGAACCAAUUAAUUUAUGAAUUUUUUGCCAUUAACAAUUUUAUUAUGAAAUUUUUAAUCUUGAAGUAUAAAUCAGUACCUGAUACCCUUGUAGUGUGUAGUGUUAAGAAAUUAUUAUGCAGCAACCUAUGAAUGCUUACAAAUUGUAGAGCUCUGGCUCCAUUGUGGCAUUCUGAUGAACCCUGAGCUCCCUGCAUUCAAAGCUGCCAUCAGUGCAUUUGACUCUCACACCUUUAUUGGCUCGUGUGGAACAAAUUUCCUCUUCACAAUGUGAAUGUUCUUGUUGGAUAGACAGAUGACAUAACUGUGGUCUGUGUAGGUUACUGAAAGGAAAAUAAAAAUAAAUUAGGAAAUAUGA